CGGGGCGCUCAGGGGAGCGUGCGCCGGCCCUCCAGGAAGCUCAAGUCCCGCCAGGAUCGCGGCUGCGGCGAGGAGGACGGGAGCCAACCCAACCCUCCGCAUCGGAGCCAGCCUACUGCACCCAGAGCCGGAGUCUGCGGGUGUCCUGAAGAGGGUGCGCAGCCACGGCCACCGGCGUGACCCGAAGGCCCGUGCCCCAUACCGGCGCCCAGGCACUACCCCGUGUCUUCUGCCACUCGUGUAGGCGCUCAGGACCUCUAGGCCCUGGGGUAGAUCCCGCCCCUUCUCCAGCACCUCCGGGAAGAACCAAAAGUUCAAUUUGGGAUUUUCCUGUAAACAAGAGCCUAGAGUGUUUUGCUCGAUGCUGGAUUUAAUACGUAUAUAUUUUUGAGGGAUUUGCAUUUUUACUUUUGAUUUUGGAUCUUCAUUUACCUGACAGCCGUCACCUGUACAUUAUUAUUAUUAUUAUUAUUAUUAUUAUUAUUAUUAUUACUCUCUCCCUGCCUUGCGCCUUGACUCGCGAGUGAGAGAGAGGACUCGGAGGCGGAGAGCUCCCAGAGGCCAUGUACCAGAGCUUGGCCAUGGCCGCCAACCACGGCCCCCCUCCCGGGGCCUACGAGGCGGGCGGCCCUGGCGCCUUCAUGCACAGCGCGGGCGCUGCCUCCUCUCCCGUCUACGUCCCCACGCCGCGGGUGCCCUCCUCGGUGCUGGGCCUGUCCUAUCUCCAGGGCGGAGGCGGGAGCGCCGCGUCCGGAGCCACCUCUGGCGGCAGCUCCGGCGGGGCCCCGGCGGGCGCCGGGCCCGGAACCCAGCAGAGCAGCCCGGGCUGGAGCCAGGCGGGGGCCGAGGGAGCGGCCUACACGCCCCCGCCUGUGUCCCCGCGCUUCUCCUUCCCGGGAACCACCGGGUCCCUGGCCGCCGCCGCCGCCGCCGCCGCCGCCCGGGAAGCCGCGGCCUACAGCAGUGGUGGCGGAGCGGCGGGCGCGGGCCUCCCCGGCCGCGAGCAGUACGGGCGUGCGGGCUUCGCAGGCUCCUACUCCAGCCCCUACCCAGCCUACAUGGCCGACGUGGGCGCGUCCUGGGCCGCGGCCGCCGCCGCCUCCGCCGGUCCCUUCGACAGCCCGGUGCUGCACAGCCUGCCCGGCAGGGCCAACCCCGCCGCUCGACACCCGAACCUCGUAGACAUGUUUGAUGACUUCUCAGAAGGCAGAGAGUGUGUCAACUGUGGGGCCAUGUCCACCCCGCUCUGGAGGCGCGACGGGACGGGGCAUUACCUGUGCAACGCCUGCGGCCUCUACCACAAGAUGAACGGCAUCAACCGGCCCCUUAUCAAGCCCCAGCGCCGGCUGUCUGCCUCCCGCCGAGUGGGCCUCUCCUGUGCCAACUGCCAGACCACCACCACCACCCUGUGGCGCCGCAACGCCGAGGGCGAGCCCGUGUGCAAUGCCUGCGGCCUCUACAUGAAGCUCCAUGGCGUCCCCAGGCCUCUUGCAAUGCGGAAAGAGGGGAUUCAAACCAGAAAACGGAAGCCCAAGAACCUUAAUAAAUCUAAGACACCAGCAGGUCCCUCGGGUAGUGAGAGCCUUCCUCCCGCCACCAGUGCUUCCAGCAACUCCAGCAACGCAGCCACCAGCAGCAGCGAAGAGAUGCGCCCCAUCAAGACAGAGCCCGGGCUAUCGGCCUACCAUGGGCAUAGCAGCUCCAUGGCCCAGACGUUCUCAGUCAGUGCGAUGUCUGGCCACGGGCCCUCCAUCCACCCAGUCCUCUCGGCCCUGAAGCUCUCCCCACAAGGCUACGCAUCUUCUGUCAGCCAGUCACCGCAGGCCAGCUCCAAGCAGGACCCUUGGAACAGCCUGGCCUUGGCUGACAGUCAUGGGGACAUAAUCACUGCAUAAUGUCACCUCCUUCCCUCCUCAGAUUUCGGCACAGACUUGGGACUUGGAGGACAGCAGAGAUGAGGCUCUGGGCUCCCAGGGGCCAGCCUGCUCUGUUGGGGAAUAACUCCAGAAGAACAACCGGGAAGAAACUUGAAGUUGACAAUUUGGCUUAGGGGAAAUGGGUAUUGGAUUUUAUUGGAUGCCUUUUCAAGGGUAGGCGACUGGAAAGAACCCAGACUCUGAUCUGGAAGAACCCACCCUUCACUACAAGCACAUUUAAGUCCCUUCUGUGGAGUAAGAGACUUCUUUCUUAUUUUCCGCCCUACCCCUCCCCUACAAGAGACGAGAUAUCUUUCUCCUCUGCCUUUCCACCACUGUGACCUAAGAUGGUGGCUUUUCCAUGGUGUUCCUAGCACCGGGGCUCUGAGGGUGGGUGAAGGCUCUGGGACCCCUGGUCCAGCCUGAAUUUGGAUGCAACAAGCCCCUCCGGGCAGCUGCUGCCCUUGUCCAGCACUCCCCCUUCAGGUUUGGCAUACUCCUGCUUUCCUCAAUACCGAAUCUUGGCUCCUGAAACGUUGCGUAUAGCGCCCAUGCUACUGAGGGCUUCGUGGGGGAGAUGGAGGAGAGGGCCACUUCACCCACUGCCACGUGUGGCUUGGGCAAAAUUGCAACUUGGAACUUCGCCUCCCCCAAGUUCCUUUCCCUGACCCAAGGCUCAAGCCUCCGCUCCUUCUCCUCACCCCCAAAGCCUCUGAAAAUAAAAAUCCCUUCCACUGCUGAGUGAUUCAGCUCUGCCUUCAGCUUGAACAUGUCUCUCCCUCCACAAAACAAGAGCUUGGCAGCUUAGCCACACAGCAGCCUCCCCCACGCCUGUCCCCCCAAAUCCUUCAUCCACCCCUUCACACACAGGUGGGUCCCAAGUAAGUACAAAAAAAGUUCUGCUGCUAAAGCGAGUUUGACAAACACUCACCUAAGACUUGAGAUCCUUCAGAAGAGCGUGUCUGGUGGACACCAGCCCCGGGGGUGGGCAGGGGGUUUCCGUGAAUUCUUGUGCUUGGAUCUCGUGGACGACCCUCUUGUUCUGCGGAGCUGUGUCUCUUGUUCAGACAGCAGGCCGAGUUCAUCCAAGGGAUGCGGAGCCCCUGCACCUACCUACAUCCUUUCCCCAGAAGACAUCUUCUGUCCAGGAGGCAAAAAGCUAGAGAUCUUGCAACAUACAUUCAAAGCAAACAAACACAACAUGACAAAAACUUAAUGGAAAGACAACAACCGAUAAGAGAAGACACUGAGGGUGGGCCUUGAGGGAGUGUCCGGCCCUUGUAUUGUCCUGGAAUUGGCCUUCUUCUCCUCUUCAUAUUGCCGUUUCUGCCCGAGAUGCUGGAGCUCCUCGCAAAGACUUCUCCUUCCUCGUCCUCAUCGUCAACAGACCUGUAGCUGACUGUGGCCUUACCACAUCUUCCCCCCCAAAUCCCCAGCUCCCAACCCCAAAAUCCUACUGGCUGUAGCAGAGAAUAUUUUUAAACCAAGAUUCUGUUUUAAUCAUCAUUACGUUGCUUUCUUCCAUGAAGGCCACCCUCAUAUACCUUCCCUGACCCACAAACCUGUUAACAUUGUCUUAAGGUGAAAUGGCUGUAAAAUCAGUAUUUAACUAAUAAAUUUAUCUGUACUCCUCUUUUC